GAGGCUAAUGUGCAGUUCCACGUGUAUACGUUUACUCCUGUGUAUGUUCUUGUAGGCUUACUGUUAAAGUAAUUAGUUUUAGUCUGUGGUUGCACUGUCCUCAGAAUAUUACUUAGUAGCUACAAGAAAACAUCUGCCAUGUGUUUCUUGCCGUUGCGCUUUUAGAAAGUCACAUGACCAAGGCUCGCGCGAUCUGUGCGCUUUGCCGAAUCGGCGUGUACCACUCAUGAACAGUAGCCUAUUUGCCUCCAGUUUGCAGUUGGACCCAUGGUCAGGUAACAGUCAUGGUGUCAAAUAAUCAGGUGUUUCAAACAUUGUAUUUUACAACAGACAGUGUGACCACGUGCUGCACUGUUUCACCAGAGGUCUAGUUUUAUUGCUUUAUAGUUUCUCUGUCCCCACCUAACAUUGCCUACUUUUCGAGUUGUGUUACAAGCCAUUUGCAGCAGUGUGUUAGUUUUGUUAUUCCAAAACAUUUUCUUUAAACAGGCCUAAAUACUCUCCUUACAAUACAGUAAAAAUGAGUCGACAAGUCGGAUUAUGCACAGCCAAAGUAGUUAUAAUCGGAGCCGGAUUCGCAGGUCUUGCCGCUGCAGCCACUCUAUGCGAAAGUGGAUUUCAAAAUGUUAGGAUCCUGGAAGCCAAAGGAAGAGUUGGCGGGAGGGUGCACACUGUCAGACCUUUUGGUUCAGACAUCAUAGAGCUAGGGGCUAAUUGGAUCCACGGGCAAGUAGGAAACCCUCUCUUUGAACUUGGUCAGAAGCAUGGUCUGAUGUCGGAAAGCUCUGCGGCCAGCACCAAAAUGUGCCUGCCUGGGUCUGUAACUCCGUGUGACUAUUUCUUUAGGGAGGGUGGGAGAUUACUCCGGGAGGAGGACGUCGAGCCGGUGUGUGCCCUUUUCAGUCGACUGACCUCCCGCGCAUUUGACUCCGAGUUGGACGACAAGCAUCGCUGCCUCAGCCUCGGGGGUUACCUGGACGAUGCCUUUUCAGAAUCUCCUUUGUCAGCAACUGCGGAUGUCCAAAAAGUGUACGAAUGGUGCAAGCGGUGUGAGUGCACUGACGAGGCAAGUUCCUCCCUUUAUGAGGUGUCUGCCUCAGAGAUUGGUCACUAUGUGGCACUUGACGGAGGCUUUUUCAAUUCCCUUGGCCCAGGAGGAUAUCAAGCCUUCAUAGACAUACUUCUGAACAAGUUGCCUCCAGGCCUAGUAAUGACAAAUACACCUGUGGUAAAGAUUGAAUGGGCGUUAAAUGAGAAACAUCAGGACAAAGAUGUAACUCAUCCUGUGAAGGUUGUCUGUGAAGAUGGUCAGAUCUUUGAAACAGACCAUGUGAUCGUAACAUUGCCAUUGGGGGUGCUGAAGCAGACUGCAGAAAGGAUGUUUAACCCCCCUCUCCCUGACAUGAAGAUGACUGCUAUCAAAAGACUUGAACUUGGAGUCGUUGACAAGAUCUACCUGUGCUUUCCUGAGAGGUUUUGGCCAGAGGACUGUGCUGGGAUACAGCUUCUGUGGGAUGAGGGACCAGAGGAUGCUGCAGUCUACAACUCUCAGCUAGAAGGGGAGGCUUGGAAAGAGACCUGGUUUAAGAAGAUAUGUGGCUUUGACACAGUAGCUCGUCAUCCCAAUGUGCUGUGUGGCUGGAUCACAGGCAGAGAGGCUCUUCACAUGGAGAAGAUGCUGGAUGAAGAAGUGGGCAAAGUCUGUGUGAGUCUCCUCAGGUCCUUCACUGGCUGGCCUGUUCCUGAGGUGUCUGAGGUGCUGUUGACCAGGUGGGGAUGUGACCCCUAUGUGCGUGGCUCCUACACAUUUGUCCCCCAGGGGGCGCAAGCGGAGAGGGAACACGGCGCGCUGGCUGCACCGCUUCCCUCUGAGCCACACUCUGCCAACACAAAGCCUCUGCAGGUGCUGUUUGCUGGGGAGGCGACGCACGUGAACUUUUACACCACUACGCACGGCGCUUAUCUCACAGGUAUCAGAGAGGCACAGAGGCUCAUUGACCUCUAUCCCUACUAGGAGCUGUUGAAGGUGCACUGUGGAAUAUUUUUAGCAGUUACUUUCCAGCAACUCACGCUGCCCAUUCACAAAUGAUGUUGCCUUUUGCACGAAUACCGACCACCACUAUCAAAUUCUAACUAUUCAUUAUGACUAUUCAUUAUGAAAAUUGGAGGGAUCUUCUCAAUUUCCGCCACUUUGAAUGUCCAGAAAUGUACAUUUUUAGCUGCAAAACUGUAUUUUGCUCAUGCUAGUAAAUAUUCUUUUAUUAUUUAUUAAAUACGCUUGAAAGCAUCAAAUUUGGCAAAACAGUUUCAAUGAGCAGCGUAGCUGCAAAACCAUCCUACACAGUGCACCUUUAAGUAUAAGGACUUCUCUGCCAAGAUACUGUUGGAUCACUGUCUUCAUGGAGUUCUUGCAAGUAGUCAGACACCUUAUGAAGCUGUACAUGACCAUCUUAGACUGGUCUUACUGGGCGAAUACACCGGUGGCGACAAGAUUAAGCGACAGCAAUUCGCUGCACUGCAGCAAGAGCGUUAUGAGCGAUAUAAGCUACUUGGUAUGUCUGUUGAAAGCAGAAUGCACGCAUUCCGACAUUCCCAUUGGCUGUGGUGUCUGUUGCUGAACCGCUUCAUAGUUCAUUGGUAUAAUAUUCACUGAAGCCCAACUCCAAAACUGUCGCUCAAAUCGCCUUUAGUCGCCCAAACCGCUUGACUUUUGCCUCUGCUGUCGCCAGUGAGUGAAUGCAAAGUCAGUUACUUCCGUUGCUUGAAUCGCUCAAGUCGUGUCCGUUCUAUUCAUGCCUUUAGAAAGCACUGCACAGCUUUAAAAAGCUGGUUGCUUUGGUUCCAAUGUUUCACUCAAAAUGUUUAUUUAAAAAGCUCAAAAACACUAUGAAACAAAUCAAUAAAAUGUUCAAUGAGAGAUUUGAUUGUAAUUUACGUAAAUACUAGCCUAGAAAUCUAGACGCCCCUAGCGACCGCAAAUUGAAUUUGCUCCCGGGGCUUUUUGCUGUACGGGUCUGGCUGCGCUAGGCUACGUAAAUACAUCAAUUAUUUGAUUCAGUACCAGGGAAAUUAUAAUGCUUGUGGAACAGAAAGAUUUUCUUAAUUAAUGUUGUAAAUUAUACCGUAAAAACAGUGUGUGAGAGGUGAUAUCCACACCAAGAUGGGACAGAACAUUCAGAAAUUUGAAAAUUCACACAUUUGCACUGGACAAUAAAGUGUUACUGAGUAUGUUUGUAA